GGGCGGACAAAGAAAAAUCGACUGACCUGUUCCUUGGAUCCACCGACCGCCGCUGGUUGCCUGCCAGGCAGGCAAAAAGUAAGGUACAGGAAACCUACUCGCCACCUGCAGGGCCUUCCCCUGCCAAUCAUCAAUCACUUCGUCCUUCGUGCUUCUUUCACUUCUCUUCCUUGCACUCUCCCUGCCUUGCAUCUCCCAUCCCCCGAAGCUGCACUUCUCCUUUUCUUGCUAUCAUGGGGAGAAGGUCGUCUGCAGUGAGGCCUGGAACCUCCUCCACGGCAGAUCCCUCGUCUUUGCCACGACGCACGUCCUUGAGAUUAGCCCGGUCUUCGUCCGCCCAGACCAAUGCGCGACAGAUCGAUCAUUCCUCCACACAUGAAGACGUGACUGCGCCGACUGGCCCUGUCGCAGUUCAUCAGAAUGACAAGCCUGCGGCCCUAGAAGUUGCCAUCCCCUUGAAGCGGCGCACAUCCUCCCGCUCUUCGUCCACAUCGACGUCCGGAAAUGGGACUAACGAUUACAACACUCCGGCGACCAGUGUUGCCAUGACUCCUGCGGAAUCAGAAGUCCCACGGCCGAAGACAAGAGUGAGCGCGUCUGCUCGCGCCCGAGAGUUACACUCGAGCACCAUGUCUCUGAACCCGCGCAGGGGACGCAAGAGAACUAUAACCGCUACUGUCGCGGAGGAUACCACCCCCGAGGCCUCGGAUGCAGCCCUGGCUCGGACUCUGCAACUUCAGGAAUACCAGGCCCCGCUUUCGAAACGGCGAAAAGUGCUCGAAAGUGUUAAAUCGGAGAUUCGAGAUUCCGACGACGACAGCGCCUUGACAGAGCUCGAUUACGAUGACGAUGCCAACGAGGCUGAGUCUGAGCAGUGGCAGCCGCCACGCAAUUCUCGAGGUUCUCUCCGGUCAGCGAAGAAACCGCUAGUUGCGGACAGCGAAGAUAGUAACUUCGAUACGGAUGAUAUGUCUCAAGGUGACGAUGAUGAUGACAGUCGCCAAAGCGAUCAAGAGCCAACUAGCCAAAUGCCAUCCAACGAGGGAAGGCCCUUGUACUCGCAGAGCGGGUCUAGAAACCGAAGCACAGCAAAUACUAGGGGCCAUGGGCGAGGUCGGAGACAGGCUCCCAGAUCUUCUGAAGCGGCGCCGACUCCGUCACAGACGUGGAUGAGCUACCGUGCGUUCAGGGAGCGAAAGAAACUUGAAAAGCAACAUCCGUAUAUCAUAAAGAUGUGGGAGGAUUUAAGAAAUGCGCCCCCAAUAACACCGGUGGCUGCCGAACAACCUCCAAGUAUAUCGCGAACCCUGAAGUCUUUCCAACUCGAAGGGUUGAAUUGGAUGAUGCGACAAGAAAAGUCACAGUAUAAGGGAGGUCUCUUGGGUGACGAGAUGGGCAUGGGCAAGACUAUCCAGGCGGUUUCCCUACUCAUGUCGGACUAUCCAAUCGGCAAGCCGUCCCUGGUUGUUGUCCCCCCGGUCGCUCUAAUGCAAUGGCAAUCUGAGAUCAAGGAAUACACCAAUGGCCAAUUGAAGGUUUUGGUUUAUCACAACUCUAACCCUAAGGUCAAAACUCUCGCCAAGGAAGAUCUGCAGGCCUACGAUGUUAUCAUGAUAUCUUACUCUGGUCUAGAGUCAAUCCAUCGAAAGGAAUGGAAGGGGUGGAACCGCCAUGACGGGAUUGUGAAGGAAGACAGCGUGAUUCAUUCUAUCGAUUACCACCGGCUUAUUCUUGACGAGGCACACAGUAUCAAGCAACGUACCACGAGUGUUGCCCGCGCAUGCUUUGCCCUGAGAGCUAACUACAAAUGGUGCCUAUCUGGCACCCCGGUCCAAAAUCGAAUUGGCGAGUUCUUCUCUCUCCUGCGAUUCUUGGAAGUCCGUCCGUUUGCCUGUUAUUUCUGUAAACAAUGCAAAUGCCAGCAACUUCAUUGGUCUCAAGACGCCGAGAAACGAUGCACUGAAUGCAGACAUAGCGGAUUCAGUCAUGUCUCGGUGUUCAACCAGGAGAUCUUGAAUCCAAUUACGGAAAGGGACAACGUCGAAGCCCGCCGAGAGGCUUUGUCGAAGCUGCGGCUUAUCACUGAUAGAAUUAUGCUCCGACGUGUCAAGCGGGACCACACGGCUUCUAUGGAACUCCCGCCAAAACGGGUCAUUCUGCACAAUGAGUUCUUUGGUGAAAUCGAACGCGAUUUCUCCCAAAGUAUCAUGACCAACUCUACCCGGCAAUUCGACACGUACGUGAGCCGCGGAGUGAUGUUAAACAACUAUGCCAAUAUCUUUGGGUUGAUCAUGCAAAUGCGACAAGUUGCAAACCACCCCGAUUUGAUCUUGAAGAAACAUGCCGCCAGUGGGCAAAACGUACUGGUUUGCGGCAUCUGUGAUGAACCGGCCGAGGAAGCCAUCCGGUCGCGCUGCCAUCACGAGUUCUGCCGCCGGUGCGCCAAGGACUAUAUGCGGUCAUUUGAUGCCGAGACGAUCGUCGAUUGUCCGCGGUGCCAUAUACCGUUGUCCAUCGACUUUGAGCAGCCGGACAUCGAGCAGGAAGAGGAGUUCAUCAAGAAGAACUCGAUCAUCAACCGGAUUCGGAUGGAGGACUGGACCUCGUCGACGAAGAUCGAGAUGCUUGUCUACGACCUCUACAAGCUGCGGAGCAAAAAGCAGACGCACAAGUCGAUUGUCUUCUCGCAGUUCACGUCGAUGCUCCAACUCGUUGAGUGGCGUCUGCGUCGAGCCGGAUUCAACACGGUCAUGCUCGACGGCUCCAUGACGCCGGCCCAGCGGCAGAGGUCGAUCGAUUACUUCAUGAACAACGUUGACGUCGAGGUCUUUCUCGUCUCGCUCAAGGCGGGCGGCGUGGCUCUGAAUUUGACGGAGGCGUCGCGGGUAUUUAUCGUUGAUCCAUGGUGGAAUCCGGCUGCGGAGUGGCAGAGCGCGGACCGGUGUCAUCGGAUCGGUCAGCGUCGACCCUGCGUCAUCACCCGACUGUGCAUCGAGGACUCGGUCGAAUCCCGGAUCGUUCUGCUGCAGGAGAAGAAGGCGAACCUCAUCAACGGCACCAUCAACAAGGAUCAGGGAGAGGCGCUGGAAAAGCUCACUCCCGAGGAUAUGCAGUUUUUGUUUCGGGGAUCGUGAAGGGGGCAAGACCGACGGAGAGGAGAGGAUGAUGCAUGUCGGAAAAUGAGAUCGACAGCCAGGAUCAGGUGGUGGUAGAAUUAGGCAUGCUAGUACCUCCAAAGAAUCGAUAGUGACGGGGUUAAUGAAAGCGCCCGGGCAGGAAGAUAAGUCCUUAAUCCCAGGCCAUCCUUGCAUGCGA